AUGUCUGCGCAUUCUAGGCAGAACUCGGUGGUCAAAUCCAACCUGACAACGGCAAAGGGCGACAAGAUUGGCCCUUGGAAACUCGGUGCUACUUUGGGAGCUGGUAGCACGGGGAAAGUGCUCAUGGCCCAGCACGAAAUUACGGGCCAGCAAGCUGCGGUGAAAAUCGUGUCCAAGUCGAUCUUCAGCUCAUUGGGCAAUGGAACCUCAUCGACAGUGGUGGGUUCGUCUGACCCUGACGUGUUACCCUAUGGCAUCGAGCGGGAGAUUAUUAUCAUGAAGCUGCUGAAUCACCCCAACGUUUUGAGGCUCUACGAUGUGUGGGAAACUAACUCAAGCCUAUAUAUGGUGUUGGAGUACGUGGAAAAGGGUGAACUCUUCAAUUUACUGGUGGACCGUGGCCCUCUGCCCGAGCAUGAAGCGAUUCGCUUUUUUCGCCAAAUCAUCAUAGGUAUUUCGUACUGCCAUGCAUUGGGCAUUGUGCACAGAGAUCUCAAACCAGAAAACCUGCUUCUGGACCACAAAUACAACAUUAAAAUUGCAGACUUUGGAAUGGCCGCGCUGGAAAGCAAAGAUAAGCUGCUAGAAACGUCGUGUGGUUCCCCCCACUACGCUGCUCCUGAGAUUGUAUCCGGCCUACCAUACCACGGCUUUGAGAGUGACGUGUGGUCGUGUGGUGUAAUCCUGUUCGCAUUGCUAACUGGAAGGUUGCCAUUUGACGAAGAAGAUGGAAACAUCAGGAACUUGCUACUCAAGGUACAAAGCGGUCGCUUUGAGAUGCCAGACACAGAUGAGAUUUCCUCGGAGGCCCAAAACUUGAUAUCGAAAAUACUGACGGUAGACCCCGCGGCCCGUAUCAAGGCUAGAGAGAUCCUCAAGCAUCCCUUGCUUCAAAAAUACCCCAGCAUAAAAGACUCUAAAAGCAUCAGAAAUCUUCCUCGCGAGGAUACGUAUUUGAACCCUCUCGAUAACGUUGAUGGAGUUAUUGACGACUCAAUAAUAGACAACCUUGUGGUUUUGUGGCAUGGGAGAAAUAAAGAGGAGAUAAUUGCAAAGCUGAAAGGGUCGGGUGCGAAUAUAGAAAAGACAUUCUAUGCCCUGCUAUAUCGUUUUAAAGUCGACAGUCAGCAGGACCAAAUGAAACAGCGGAAAUCUCAGGUUGGUCAACAAUCUCCUAAGAAAAGUGGCAUACGCAAUUCUGCUUCUCGCCGCUCUAUCGUUAACACAGCUACGCCCAAAAAGAAAAUGAAUGGACCAGUAAUAAGUGCAUCCUCGUCUCAUAAAAGACCUGUAUCUUUUAAUAGGCCCUCUCUUGCGAAUGGUAGCAGCGAAAACAGGUCUCCCACUCCCACUUCUGGCAAGCGCGCUUCGGUCAACCUAUCUUCAAAUAAGAAACUUUCGAUGCUGAUAAAUCCCAACAGUUCUCCAACCCCAGCUAAUAAGAGAGCCUCACUUAGGGAUGUUGAUCCAUCGGCCCCUCCAAUCCCUGUUGAUAUGCUCAAGGACUACAACAAAUCGGUACCUAAAACAAACAAGAAAUCAUCUCGUCUCAGUAAGAGGUUGUCAUUUAUGCCUAACAAGCGUGGCUCCAUGACAACAAAGCUAAUUGCCACUUACGCUAAGAUUUCAAAAGAAAAUGAUUGGGAGUACAUUGAAAAAGAGACUAGAAGAACCAGUGCGGAUUUUGCCACUCUGUGUGAUGAGAUCUUCGAGCAUGAAAAGUACGAACAAAUUAGAAGGGAGAAAGAAGAGCUGGAAAGAAAGGUGAGGGAGGCCAAAGAGCAAGAGGAAAGAGAAGAGAAGGAGAGGCAAAAAGAAGAACAAAGGCGUCAUGAGGAGGAAGUCGCGCGUCAAAGACAAGUUCAACUGGAAGAGGAGGGUCGGCAGAAAGAAGCUCUCGAACAGAUAGAUAGAGAGAUGGAAUUGCUAAGAGCUAAUGGUAAGGAAUUGAAAGAGAAUAACGUGGUCCAACAAAGGUCUGUUUCGGCGCCCGCUGAAACUAUUUUGAACGUUGACAAAAGAAGCUCUACCAUCGGACUAGAUAACGAUAUUGAGGACUUGCUUCAAAAGAGGACAUUCUCCCUAGAAACGAGACCUAUUUCCAGACUAGAUCCUGGUAUCUACGGUGCUCGUGAAACGCCUAAAACGGACUCUGAUACUCCAAAGAGUGACUUCGAGACCCAAAAAACAAUUUUAGAAACCAUCCGCAGGUCAAAAUUUCUAGGCUCUUCCUUCGACAUAAGCAAGGAGCUUGCGAGGGAAAGGAGGAACAACAACGAAAAAGCGGCAUCGGUGGACAAAUACAGCGAUUACCAAGGGCGCAUCGCCUCAACUGCUACAGCCACUUCUGGUACCAACGAGGGUUUUGAGACGCAAGCUCUUCCCAAGAAUGCUACUGGCAUCGCCCCAUUGAAGGCCAAAUCUAACUGUGAUCCACGCAAAAUUUCUGACAUUCAAGUUCCUCAGUUAACGAGGCGCUCGCGCCAUUUCACCGCAUCUAAUAAAAGACUAUCAGUGCUGUCCAUGUAUUCGACUAAGGCAUCAUUCACAAAUUUGGCCGAUCACCUCAAAGGUGAUAGUGAUUUACAGUCGAUAAACGGCAGUCCUCCCUCGACUUCGAAGGUGGAUCACGAAGCCGAGUUCAUGUUUGAAAGCAUUGAUGGAGACGGAAAGGACACAGCAGAGACCUCGGCCGAUAGUCGGCUGUAUGAAAUCACAGAGGCGACGGACUCAAAAAGCGGUUCGCGUAAUACCGUUAAACUAAACUUUGCCGACCGAUUCAAUGGAGGCGCUAAUCCUGUUGUCAGCAGCAUGGAUGACCCUUCAACCAUUAAGCUUCCUGCUUUGCCUCCUUUAGACGAGCAGAAAUCCAAUGGAAUGACUGGUCUUGGUUUGUAUCAACAGACCUCUAGUGAAUCGGCCGACAACCGCCACACGAGUUCCAAUUCCAAACCACCAAAGAAAACAUCAUCUAUGUUGCCUGCUUCUCAACAAAGACCGGCGACUGAAACAGCUCCUGCUAAAAAGGUCGAGAAAUUGCCAAAGCCCAUCGAGAAGAAAACGCCAGCCUCCAAUAGACAGCCUUUAGAGGAUGUUACGUCUGAGUCCAUCAAGAAAGGCAACAAAUCUUUUUUCCGUAAGUUUUCUUCUAAGAAGGCGGCCGAGAGCAAGGCAGAAAGUGUUGAAAACAUUCUGAAAACAUCUAUCGAUGAAACACAAAUGUUCAACGCCAUGAGUAAGCUUCUACUGGCCUGGAAAGACUACGGCUUGAAAGGUGUCAAGACCAAUCCUUCAGCCAAGAAGAUCAAGGGCAAAUUGAGCAGCGACAACAUCUUAUCGUUACGCUCAACCCUUUUCGAGAUUACUGUUGCUGCAAGGAAGGGCUCUACUGGGUCGGAUGUUAGAUUUGAAAAGAUAUCUGGCUCUGGCAAGACUUUCCGAAAACUGGUCAAUGAGAUCGAGAAGAUAUUAGAGAACAAAGGCGCUCUCAUCCGGGCGUAA